UUAAUUAUUAACUAUUAACAUUUAACACACAAUAACACGUUUCUUCAAGAUCAAAAAGAAAUUUAAAAAAAAAAAUCAAAACUGGUUAUUUUAAUUAAAAAUAAUAUUUACGGUCAUUAUUGCAAUAGGUAUUGCAAAUAUUUAAUAUCUAUAAGCCUAUAUAAGUACCUACAAAAUUAAUAAGUACGUACUUCUCGUGUGAAAUCGGAUUACACGGAUAUCAUUACAGUUUCGAAAGGUAAGAAUGUAUCAAAAAUAAUUAAUUAAAAAACAAUAUACAUAGUUUGGAUAGAUUCUUCGAAAUUGUGUUAUAUUAUGGAUAGUUAGGUAUUGUAUUAUUAUUAUACCUAGGCACCUAUUUUAGAUAAAUUUUAACCUCGUUGGUAACUUUUUUUUAAGAAGACUUUGUAAAAACUUAAUUAUUCAGUAAUUACCCAUUUCGAAAACUAAGUAUAUUAUUGAUAUACAAUUUAGUUUUAGUAAUUUGGUUGGUGUGUACUCUAUUUUGAUUAAUGGUCUUCCUUUUGAUAGUUGAUAGAAAAAAACGAGAACUGUAGUUAGUUUAGGUGCCUAGGUACCUCAAUACCUGGGUAUCUAGGCAUUUACCUUUGCCGAAUAAAGUACUCGAAUUCAAUACAAUACAAUGCUCAAACUGGGGAGAUGUAGUCCAAUGGAUAAUGGAUUAUCAGAGAUAGUCAGAGCAUACAUAGUAGGUAUCUCUCGCUAGAACAAUUAUUUGUUAAAUGUCUCGUGAAUUUAAGUACCUAAUAGCAUUCAUUAUAAUAUUAUAUACCUAAUCGAAAAUACCUAUUAGCAUUCAUUAUUUAUGUAUAAUCAAUAACAUUAGGUAGGUAAUUGUUUCCAAUACUAUUGGACCAAUAGACAAUAUUGCAGCAUACCGAUCGUUUUAAAUCAGAAGUGAUUUGAUAGGAAUAUUUUAAUUUGAAAUUAUUUUUAUUUUUGAGGUGGUUUUUAAACUUAAAAAACAAAAAGACGGACAUACUUUGCACACUGAUGGGCCUUUGUUGUAAGUGAGAAUUUGCGAAAGUAGUUUAUAGAGAGGAAUUUAAUUUAUAUCAAUAAUCAACAAUAAACCAUUGUUAACGAAAAACGAUUAAGAGCGAAAUUCGGUUAAAGGUAUGUGAACAAUGUACACUUACAAAAAGAACUGUCCUAAUAUAUUGGGCACGGCUGCAGCCGUUAUAGGUAAUUUAAUGUAGGUAGGUAUAUUUGUAAGCAGCGAUUAACCAUUGCUAACGAAAAAACGACUCUGAGCGAAGGUCGGUUGAUAGUGUUGCUGCGUCAACAAUAUAAAAUAUGUCAAUGUCAUAUUAUGGUAAAAUAAUUACAUAGGUAUUAUAUAUUUUCUUUAAUAAUAUUUGCUUAAUAAUUUAUCUAUUUUCCCAUUUUUCUUGGUUUUUCCUAUUUGUUAAGAAAACCCCUGGGAAAAUCAAAAAAUUACCUCCCUAAAGUACCUCCCCAACAAGAUCUAUAGACAAUACAAGCUGUCUCAUACGGAAAUUUCAAAAAAGUAGGAGUGGGAGAACUGAACCGCUUAGGUCAUUGUAGUAUCAACUUUUAACAUUUUAUUAUGUACAUCGAAAAAUUUUCAUAUUUCCUUUUGUUUUAUUUUAUUAAUUAUUUGAAUAUUUAUUUUUUUUUUUUUCAUCUUAUUUGUUUGUACGUUUUGUAUGAAUAUGAAAUCAAAUAUAUUAUAGCCAAAAGGGAGCUUAUGUUGUACUAUUGCUACUUGCAUAAAUAACUAUAGUAAAACAAAAAAUGAUGGUAGAUCCGAUACAUCAUUUAUUCGUUUCACAGGUACAUAUGUAAAAUUAUUGUUAUUGUAGUAUAUAAUUUCGUAUUUAUAUUAGUAUAAUACAUAUAUAGUGUGUAGUGUAUAGAGCAUACACUGUAUGCUAUAUUAUAAUAAUAAAUAUACCUGUUAUGUUUAGAUUUAUAUUAAUAAAUUAAAUACAGUCUGUUAAUUAUUGAAAUACAUUUAAAAGCCAACUAGGCAAUUUCAAAUUAUGUUUAAUAUCACUACACUUGGUAUCUAAAAUGAUCAUGAUCUCUGCAGAUUUCAUUCUAAAGAUUAAAGCAUACAUUUCAAUUCCGAACAUAAUACAAUUUUUUGUUUGUUAUUUAUUUCAUAUUUGUAUGCGAUUCCUAUGAACGCCACUAUAUUUCCCGGCAAUUGUAUACUACAAUAAAGUCACUAGAUAAAGUACGGUGUGGGGGGGUUUUGGUUUUGCUUAUAUGACUAUGAGACGAGCUAUAUUAUCUGUAAAUCUUACCUCCGCAGUCCUAUUUCCUUUCAGAAAAAGUGCUAUCAUUGAAAAUCGGACAAAAUUAUUGGUAAAAAAGUUGUCAACAGAAAAAAAAAAUAAUUAUAAUAAUAAUAAUGAACAUUAUUGUAAAACCAAUACAAUCCUCACUCCGCUCAGAAUCUGAAACUGUUCACCGUACAUCAUUUGAAAGGCCGUAAUAUUUACAAUUAUCGGUAAAAUUUGAUAUUCAAAUUCGUUUAAAAAAAAAAAUGCUUCAUUAAACUCAUUUUAAAGGUUAGGUUUUACAAUGGUGUUUGUUUUUUAGUUUAUGUAAUUUUUCGAAUGCAGCCCAAGUAAUUAAUAGAAUUUUAAAUAUAAAAUUAAUUUUUUCAAAAAAUGUUUGUAAAUAAUUUGUUUACAAAUUAUUCUUAUUACUUAUCUAUUAAUAACAAUCAUUACCUAAAUUGGUUUUGGCGACCGAACGACAAAUAUAUUUUAUAGGUAUUGUAUUAUAAUUAAAGACCGGAUUUAAUUGAUAUUGCAACUUUUUUCUGAAGUUAAGAUAAACCAAAUCUGAUCAAAUGUAUAGUUGAUGUAUACUUUAUGUGUUAUGCCUAUUUAAUUUUAUAAUAGAAGUUUUUGAAAUGUUUACAAUUUUGUGUGAUUAAAUGAACAAAAUAUUUAACUCAGCUAAAUUUAUUGUAUACAAAAUGCUAUUAUGACACACCGAGUUUUCGUUAUGAGUAGAUAAGGUUAGUUAGCUAUUAUUAAGAGCCAUUAUCAAUAUAUAUACAUCAUUUUAUUAUCUUCGGUAUUAUCCGAUAUGGAUAAUUUUAGUUUACUAGAAUGCUCGCUAUAAAAGCCGGUUGGCGUUAAAGGCGUUGUAUUAUUACAAGGAGGGACACGUGGCUAAAUGCUGCACUUUUCAAUGCAAAUAAUUUUUAAAAAUUUAAAAAUAUGAUUGAUAGUUUAAAAGACUAUGUUAUCAGCGUGGAAAAACUGAGACAGCUUGUACAAAAUAAUGCAGUCAAAUGUGAUAUAGCUUUCACAAGAUUACACUUAUCCGAAUAAAUCCAUUAAUCUUACAAACUUGGAAGCAUCGAAUAGUGAACUAAUUGAAAGUAUGAAUGUGUUAAGAAAAAUUGAAGAUAUUUCAAUAAAUAUUUCUGAUCCGGAUGAAAAAAAAUUAAAGACAAAUUUAUGUAUGUAAUUGAAAAAAAAAUGAAGGGCACAAAACUAUUAUAUCUCAUUAUGAAGUUAUGUCAGGUAAAAUAAAAGUUAAUUUAGAUAUAACGACUACCUUAUUGAAUUGUUUUAAAUAUGCACCAAUAACUAGUGUAGACGUAGAACAUAUGGAUGGAACAUUUUUCUUUGUACAAACAUAUUUUAAGUAAUAAAAUAUUUAAUUUUAAUGAACAUAAUUUUGAAAUGUAUCUAAUUAUCAAUUUUAAUCCAAAAAAGGUAACAUUUUGUAUUUGUAUAGUGCAAUUUAUUAUAAAAAUCGUACGUAUGUUUAGGUGCAAUUAUAUAAUUUAAUAUGCAAUUUUUGUGUGUUUUAAAUGCAAUUAAAUCCGGUCUUUAAUUAUAAUGUAUACUGUACAGUAUAAUAAUAUACCUAUUAUAUUAUAUCUGUGGACAGAAUAUAAAAUCUAGAAAGGUAGCUUUUUAUCAUUAAACAGUUUUAGUAGGUAAACGGAAUUCAUUCUAUCGAAAAAUGUUAACAACAACGCGGAUUAAUCAUAAAUAAGGUUCGCCAGGCAGAUUAACCUAACGGCAGUUUUAACAUUUAACUGCAGUAAUGUUUUCGAUCAAAUCAUCUUAAGCGGGCUGGCGAAAAUGAUUACACAUUAUUAAUCCCGAAGAUAAUUCGUACAUUGUAUUAUCUAUGAUUAAUCCACCUUGGUUACCAAACGUGCAUUAUCUGAGACUGUGAUUGCAGUAAUAAGAAACUGAUAACAAGAAGUUCAAAUAACCAAAUAGUUGCAUACUUCAAACCACCAACGAAUAACCGCAUAACAUCGACUAUUUAUUAUUUAAUAAUUAUUAAACUAUCUUCACCAUCAACUAUUUUAAUUGUUAGAAUUUUACAUUUAAAUAAAAUAACCGAAUAAAUUGUAUGUGUUUAUCAUCCAGUUAUUUAUUGCCUUUAGGUUUAAAAGUAAUUUUAAAUUACGACCAAUGGCAACUCCAAAUAACAACAAUGCAUUAUUAAACGCAUUUGAAGAAAAGAAAAUUGAUCCAAUGAAAGAUGUUCGGGCCGGACUAGUACGCGAAGUAGGAAACCAAGCAAUAUGGAGCCUGUCUUCAUGUAAACCAGGUAGAUUUAAUUUUUUUCAGAUAGAUGAUAUUUAUAUUAAAUGAAAAUUUAAAGAAAAAAAUGUAUUUACAAUUUUUUCGUCCAAAUUAUAAAUUACUUUAAAUGCAAGAUUAGGUAUACAUUUUAGAUUUAUCCACAAUUAUCAUGAUGUGUGACCGAGUACAAUACAGAACUAUUAUGUUUUGAAAAUAGAUUUUUAGUUGAGAAAAAAUCUUGUUCUUUGUGAUUUUCUAUUGGUUUAAUUAAUUUUGAAUGCAACCAACUAAAUAGUUUUCUUCAACUAUUUUAUAUAUUUAAUGUUUGUUCCUUUUAAAUUUAAUUUUCAUAAAUUAUAUAAACACUAAAAUAUGUCUAUAACUCCAAUGUAUAAUAUAUUUGCAUAGCAAUAUAGCACGCUUAAUAUACAUAUUAUGUAUAAUAGAAUAUAGUUUUACGAACCAUAAUAAUAUUCCUUUUAUGUUUAUAUUAUAGUCGGAAGCUUUUCAAUAGUAAUGAAAUUAUGAACCAUAGUAAUAUGCGAAUUAUGUUAUUUAGUGUGUUUAGCGUUCACAAGAUUUGUGCAAUAGAAUUAUUAUUCAUUGAAAAAUUGUCUGAUCUUUAUUAACUAUAAUGUUAAUAUUUAAUUUAAACUUAAAGCUAUGUAUUUGUAUUUAAAUUUUUUUAUAAUGGAUCAUUUUAUUUUAGGUUUUGGUGUCGACCAACUAAGAGACGAUUGUAUGGAAACAUAUUGGCAAUCCGAUGGCCAACUUCCGCAUUUAGUUAAUAUUCAGUUCAGACGAAAAACAGUUGUGCGAGAUAUAUGCAUCUAUAUUGACUAUAGACUUGAUGAAAGCUAUACACCUGGCCGUAUAUCAGUACGUGCUGGUACAAACUUUAAUGACUUACAAGAAGUUGAAGUAGUUGAAUUAAGUGAACCAUAUGGUUGGGUAAGAAUUAUGACAAAAGAUAUGAACGAUUUACCACUAAAAACAUAUAUGAUACAAAUAGCUGUUAUAACUAAUCAUCAAAAUGGAAGAGACACACAUAUGAGACAAAUUAAGGUGCACUCACCUGUUGAAAGGAGAGAUCUACUCAUUGGUAAUUUUAGCACUGUAGAAAUGAGACAAUACACUAUUAUAAAAUAAUUUGUUUUAUUUAGUUUUUUUAUACACUAUAAGUUUGUUCUCUUAAAUAUGUUUACCAUUUGAAUUCAAAUAUGUAAAGUUUAGAUAAUUGUGGUUAAAAAUAUGUUUGUAUAAUACUAAGUUGUUUUUGACUUAUAAAGUUAGUUUAUUAAUUUAUUCAAUUUCCUUAUUACGCUUUAAAGUAUAUUAAAAGUUAAAUUUUUUCCCAAUGACAAGAAGUAUUUAUACUUUACUUAUUACAGAAAAAAAAUAUAUAUAUAUAUAUAUUUUUUAUUAUGACCAAACAAAAUUAUUUGUUAAUAAAAGAAAAAUUAUGACAUAGUAUUUAUUUAAUACAUUUAUUUUUUUUACUAUUCAUAGUAUGUUAUUCCUGCUUUAUAUUUUGUAC